CCGGGGCGGACCGCGCUCGUCGCCUCCGCGGGGCAGGAGCGGCGGGCCCGCGCCUCCUCCCCCCAGCACCGCGGAGGGGGGAGGAGGAAGAUGGAGACCCACAUCUCGUGUUUGUUCCCCGAGCUGCUGGCCAUGAUCUUCGGCUACCUAGACGUGCGGGACAAGGGGCGCGCGGCGCAGGUGUGCACGGCCUGGCGGGACGCCGCCUACCACAAGUCGGUAUGGCGAGGGGUGGAGGCCAAGCUGCACCUGCGCCGGGCCAACCCGUCGCUGUUCCCCAGCCUGCAGGCCCGGGGCAUCCGCCGUGUGCAGAUCCUGAGCCUCCGCCGCAGCCUCAGCUACGUGAUCCAGGGCAUGGCCAACAUCGAAAGCCUCAACCUCAGCGGCUGCUACAACCUCACCGACAACGGGCUGGGCCACGCAUUUGUGCAGGAAAUCGGCUCCUUGCGCGCCCUCAACCUGAGCCUCUGCAAGCAGAUCACCGACAGCAGUCUGGGCCGAAUAGCCCAGUACCUCAAGGGCCUGGAGGUGCUGGAGCUGGGGGGUUGCAGCAAUAUUACCAACACCGGCCUUCUGCUCAUCGCCUGGGGUCUGCAGCGCCUCAAGAGCCUUAAUCUCCGCAGCUGCCGCCACCUCUCGGACGUGGGCAUCGGGCACCUGGCCGGCAUGACGCGCAGCGCCGCGGAGGGCUGCCUGGGCCUGGAGCAGCUCACGCUGCAGGACUGCCAGAAGCUCACGGAUCUUUCUCUAAAGCACAUCUCCCGAGGGCUGACAGGCCUGAGGCUUCUCAACCUCAGCUUCUGCGGGGGCAUCUCAGACGCAGGUCUUCUGCACCUGUCGCACAUGGGCAGCCUACGCAGCCUUAACCUGCGCUCCUGCGACAAUAUCAGUGACACAGGCAUCAUGCACCUAGCCAUGGGUAGCCUGCGCCUCUCGGGGUUAGAUGUGUCCUUCUGUGACAAAGUGGGAGACCAGAGUCUGGCCUACAUAGCCCAGGGGCUGGACGGCCUCAAGUCCCUCUCCCUCUGCUCCUGCCACAUCAGUGAUGAUGGCAUCAACCGCAUGGUGCGGCAGAUGCACGGGCUGCGCACGCUCAACAUUGGACAGUGUGUGCGCAUCACGGACAAGGGCCUGGAGCUGAUUGCUGAGCACCUAAGCCAGCUCACUGGCAUAGACCUGUAUGGCUGUACCCGGAUCACCAAGCGGGGCCUGGAGCGCAUCACGCAGCUGCCCUGCCUCAAGGUACUCAACCUGGGACUCUGGCAAAUGACGGACAGUGAGAAGGUCAGGUGAGGGCGGCAGCACCAGCUCCCCUUGUCCUGCCCUGUACACCCUCCCUUCACCACCACCGCCCCCCAUACACCCACUCGCAUAUUUAGACAUAGUUCAUGGCGAUGGCUGAGAUAGGGCAGCGACAUGAAGCCCAAGCUCAUUUCUCCUCCUCGGACGCCCCUCCCUGCUACCAGCCCCUUUCCAUUGCCUUCGGGGUUCCUCUUCUACCACUGCCCUAUUUUCCUCUCCUUUUCCCUGCGGAUGGAGAAAUGGAUUCUGCUACUCACUCACCUACUUCUCUCUGCAGGGGAUGGAGGACUGUUUUCAGCUACCGUAUCCCCACUGCUUGGCAUUUGUAAAUGGGGUGGGGGUGGGGAGUGACUAGUCCUCUCCACCCCGAGGAAUUGAGGAAAAUGUCUGCCUUCACUUAAGCUUUCGUUUGAAUACUGUGAUCUGGUUUUUAUUUUGAAAUGUAUAAAAAGCAAACCCAACUA